UCCCCAGGUUAGGGGCGGCUGAUUAAAAGUCCCAGUGCCAGGGUGGGACUCUAAACAGUCCUGGUACGACGGUCCUCCGGCGAGACAGGGGGUUGGUGAUGGCUACACGCACCCGCCGUAAAAACCAAGUGCAGAGAGCUCCAGAUGCGAGCCGAUCCAAUCGCCGACCCGAUUUUCGGGGAUCCAGGGAUUGGAAACUCGGGACGUGGAACUGCAGGUCUCUCAACUUCGAUGGGAGCGACCGCAUUCUUCAUAACGAAUUGCGGGUCCGCGGUCUCGAAGUCGUGGCGCUGCAGGAGGUGUGCUGGACGGGGAAGGACCACCGAGAGCUCGGUGGGUAUACUAUGUAUUGGAGCGGCGGCGAUACACACGAGCUGGGGACAGCUUUUAUCGUGCUGGGCGAAAUGGCGAAGCGCGUGAUUGGGUGGUGGCCAGUCAACGACAGAAUGUGCCGGUUGAGAAUCAAGGGCCGAUUCUUCAAUCUGAGCAUCAUCAACGUGCACAGCCCGCACAUGGGAAGCGACGCCGAUGACAAGGACGCUUUCUACGAGCUUCUUGACCGCGAGUACAGGAAGUGUCCAAAACACGACGUCAAGAUUGUCAUCGGCGACUUAAACGCUCAAGUCGGCCAGGAGGAGGAGUUUAGACCGGUUAUUGGGAGGUUCAGCGCCCACCAGCAGACGAACGAGAACGGCCUACGACUCAUCGAUUUCGCUACCUCCCGAAACAUGGCCAUACGUAGUACCUUCUUCCAGCACACCUCCCUAUACAAUGCGAGCGGACCCCACUUGAUGGAUGCAGUUGCAGCAGCAGCAGCAGAACUUCGUGCCACGGCCAAGGAGAUGAUUAUCGUGUUUGCUGCGGUGGUGGUGGAUCGGAGUCGAUGCACUGUGCGAUGA